AUGGAUGGAAAGGUACAAUUGUCGUUUCUUAUGCAGGUCCCUGCAACUCUACAAGACCUCCAUCGUGGACACCACGACAAAGGUAGGUACUUCAGGAAGAAUAUCCGUAAGUUUAAUUCCAUGAUUGCGUUUACGUCAAUGGCUGGAAAGGUUAACCGAAGCAUUAACAAUGGCACGACUCCACCGACUUUUUCAAUUAAUGGUCAGAACUACCAUUCAAUUGGAAGCCUGAUCCCUACCAACAAUGAAAGACCAAGAUUUGUGCAACUGUACGUCUAUGACACAGAUAAUGAAGUUUUUAAUCGGAUACUUACUGUAAGGUCCGAUGAAAUAAUCAACAAACUUGAAACUAAAAUCAUGUCUGAACUCAGUAAGAUGCUGGACAUAUGCAAUCCUCUUGCCAAGAGUUUUUGCUUUGCUCGAGAUCGGUUUGCUGAUAGCGAGCCUUCAAAAAUUAAAAUGAGGCUGAUUAGAAAUCGGGAAAAGGAUGGACGAGUGUACAACUUACCUACUGCAUCUGAGGUUGCCAUCUUAAUAGUAGGUGACAUUGAUGACUCAAUCCUUGGUAGAGAUAUUAUUAUUCAGUCGACAACAAAUAAGUUGAAAAGAAUAGAUGUUAUACACCCGUUGUACUUGGCUCUUCAAUAUCCGUUGAUAUUUCCAUACGGUGAGGAUGGUUUCAUGACAGGUAUUCAGAUAUCUACUAGAUAUGACCUGAGUGGUACAAGGAAAUGUAAGACGAUAAGUAUGUGA